ACUGCUGUCGCUGUAGAAGAGUGUGAAGAGGCAGAAACCUGCUCAGUGCGGCUCAGUUCGGUUUCACACAGGCUGUCAGGAUACAUGGGAACCUCGUCUGGCUCUGCUUCUGUUAAAGGAACGAGCUGCAGCGUCUUUGUGGUUCGUUGUAGGUAAUUUAACCAGAAUGUGGAGAUGCACAUUGUGGUUUGUUUUACUUCUGCGGCUGACAAUCUGCUCCUAUGACAAAGAUGAUCUGGAGCCGGUGGUGAAAACCAUCAGGAAAGAAUCAGAUUUGACUCCAGUUUGCAGCAAUUCCACACAGGAUCCAAUCUUAUUUGUUGUCUGUCAAAUCAGACCAGUGAGGAGCAGAGAAGAAGAGUGUCUUUUAUCAUACCGCCUGGAGAGAGGCUUUGAACAGGGAUGUGACUCCAGGUUUUCACUCAUGUUAAUAAAUCAGACAAUGUUUCUCCAUCUGAACAAUUUAACACCAGAAAAUAGUGGAAGCUACAGCUGUCAGUGCUCACGCCGUGAUGGAACAUUUGUGCUGCAGCUCAACCUCACUGUGGAAGAUGACAAAGACACCACCCCUGAAUCAGAAACAACUUUAAUUUCUUUAUUCGGAGUUUAUGGAUUGAUCAUCAUCAUCAUCAUCAUCAUUCUAUUGGGAGUCAUUUCUGGAUGUGUCUGCAGGAACAAGUGCCACAGAAGAAGACGACGUGAAGUGACCAUAACGCCUCAUCCAAACACGGAAGUGCAGGAAAUUGAGCCGUACAGCGUCUUCAGAGAGAAUGAACUUUAUUUAACGUCCGUAAUUCACACCAGCCUGUCUACAAAUAAUCUGAUUGUGAUUGGGAUGGAUAGUCCAAUCUCAGGUCGACCUUUAUAGACAUUUCAUGUUUUACUUCAUGUUUUCUAUGGAGCACUGUAACUGUCGAUGUUUCUGUGUAAUCUGUGUUUUUUGUUUAAAACUUAUUUUCUAAAUAUUAAGUGUUUUUCCAUGUUAAAGUAAAACAAAGACCAGAAUAAUGUCACAUUUAAAACCAGAACCACGUUCUCUUUCUCCCCUGCAGUCGUCUCGACUCGACCUGCUAUAAUGUAAUGGGUGAGUGUGAGUGUGGGUGUUUCGGGUCGUUUGAACGUCGACCACUCACUCAGGCAGCAGCAGGUCGAAGCGAAGCAUUAAGGCUGACCGACAAAUUCUCAACAUGUUCUUUCUUCCUGUUUGAACUUCCUGUUUUCAGCCGCACAGGCCGCAUGGCCUGCUGGUGUGAAACUGGAGGUGUAACCCUUCCACAUGUCAACUGCAGAGUGCAGAUCUACACAACGAUUACUCUGCAAACACCACGUUAAUUUCUGGUCUCUCUUCUAACUAACUUCACUCCCCUGUUAUUUAUUUGUAUUGGUUGCAAUAAGGAAACUGAAAAGAUGUAAAUAUGUAGGGAAAAAUAGAAUUAUAUUAAAAUUAUUUUUUUUAUUUA